AUGGCGGGGUUAAAUCUUACUGGGAUUUAUUCUGCUACCUAUAGCAAUGUCCCGGUGUAUGAAUUCAAGAUUGAAGGUGAUAGUGUUAUGCGACGACGUGCCGAUGAUUGGAUCAAUGCCACCCACAUCCUUAAAGUAGCCGGGUUUGACAAGCCAGCGAGGACACGAAUUCUUGAACGGGAGGUCCAGAAAGGGGUCCACGAGAAGGUCCAAGGUGGUUACGGAAAAUAUCAAGGAACAUGGAUCCCACUCCCCGAAGGACGUAUGCUUGCUGAGCGCAACAAUAUACUCGAUAAACUAAGGGCAAUAUUUGACUAUGUUGCUGGAGAUCAAAGCCCUCCACCAGCACCGAAACACACUUCAGCAUCAUCAAAACCUAAAGCCACGAAGGCAUCGCGCAACCGAAACGUUCCAAAUGAAGAGGUCUUCAGCAUCGCUAAGCCAUCUCGCAGCAUGGGACCUCCCAGCUUCCCUCCUGAGCCGCAAUACGAUGUGAAUCCAGGUUUUGAUGAAGAUGAGUCAAUCGAGCAAAAUACCCUCGAAUCUUCCUCCAUGGUCGCAGAUGAAGAUAUGAUGCCAAUGUCUCAACAAGGUGCGUUCUCGCGGAAGCGCAAGCGAGGAAUGAACGAAGUAGCUGUGAUGUCCAUCACUGAACAGGAGCAUAUUCUCUAUGGCGAUCAGCUUCUGGACUACUUCAUGACCGUGGGUGAUGCACCAGAAGCGACCCGGGUCCCUCCUCCAGAACCCCCUGCCAACUUCCAAGUGGAUCGUCCUAUUGACGACUCGGGAAAUACUGCACUUCACUGGGCUUGUGCAAUGGGUGAUUUGGAGAUCGUGAAAGAUCUUCUGCGAAGGGGUGCAGAUGUCAAAACACUAUCUAUACACGAAGAAACACCGCUUGUGCGUGCUGUCCUCUUCACAAAUAACUAUGAGAAAAGAACAUUCCCCGCUCUCUUGGAACUCCUCGUUGAGACAGUCUCAUUCAGAGAUUGGUUUGGAGCCACAAUCUUCCAUCACAUAGCCGAAACAACCAGAAGUAAAGGGAAAUGGAAGAGUUCCCGGUAUUACUGUGAGGUUUUGCUAGAGAAGCUGCGCAUUACAUGCUCUCAAGAUGAACUUGAUUUACUUCUAUCUUGUCAAGACUCCAAUGAAGAUGCAGCUGUUCUAGUUGCUUCUCGGAAUGGUGCAUUUCGCUUAGUGAACUUGCUUCUAACUCACUGCCCGCGUGCAGGUGACCUAGUGAAUAAGAAAGGCGAAACGGCCACAAGCAUUAUUCAACAGUCACAGCAUACUGAGCGAGACAUUCCGCCACCCCCAUCGUCAAUCACUAUGGGAAAUGACCAAAUGGAUGGUGAAGGCACUGGACCUGUCAACGCUGAUCCCCAAUCUGCACCGCCAGAAGAACUGUCUCCUGCAGCAUCAACCUUGCUCUCUAAAAUCGGAGUCCUCAUGGCAGAAGCGAACAAGAAACUUGCCGUGAGCUAUGGAAAUUCGAAGGCUGGCCAGCAAGAUUCCGAUGAUGUUGCUAACCCCGAGGCCUUGUAUGAACAAUUAGAAAUGGACCGCCAGAAGAUUCAGAAACAGUCAGCCACUUUGUUGGCAAAGGAGGCCGAGCACGAGCAGAUGGGCUCGCAGCUUGGGCGGUAUGAGCAACUGAAAAGUAGUUACGAGUCUCUUCUCGAACAAAUUCAACAAGCUCGUCUUCAAGAGCAUGCUAGAUCGAUGGACACUUCGAUGACAGAAAAAACCGAAGCACUGUCGACUGAUCAUAAUGAGCUUCUUAAAACCUACCAACUUUCUCGGCAACUCUUCUUGGCACAAAAAGCACGCCGAGCGGCGGUAAAGGAACUUGCGCAACAAACUGCAGAUGCGGGUGUGAGUACCAAAUUUGACGUGCAUCGCAAGCUUGUGGCACUCGCGACUGGCCUAAGAGAGGAAGAGCUAGAUCCAAUGGCUGCUGAGCUAGCAGAAACCUUGGAAUUCGAUCGAAUGAAUGGAAAAGGACAAGGGGCUGAUUCGCCAGAGCCAGAGCAUAGACGGCAACCAUCGCAUAAAGAUUCGACAGCAAUUCCUUUCCCCGGGCCCACAGUUUCCGUUGAUGCUUGA